GUCAUUUGUUUCUCUCUCAAUUCUCAUUUGCCACUGAGUAUACUUCAACACAUCAGACUCAGAGCCUGCGCUGUCGGAUUCGCCGCCAGCUAGGCGAGAUGGCUGCGCCGUUGCCUCUUUCCGCGGAGGACAUGCUGCGCGUCAACGGCAGCCGCCGCUUCGCCGCCGCGAUGGCGGCCGCCUCCCCCUUCGCGUCCCUCGCAGACGCCCUCCUCGCCGCUCGGCGCAUCUGGCUCGACGAGGUGGAUGUCAACGGAUGGCUCGAGGCCUUCGCGGCGCACCCGGCAAUCGGAACCACCUCCCCAUCUGUCUCCAAGUGGAGCAAGGAGGAGCAAUCAGCAGCGCUCUCCACAGCCACGGACUCGACGGCCCAGGAGCUAGCAGAGUGGAAUGCCAGAUACAGGGAGAAGUUUGGCUUCGUCUUCAUGAUUUGCGCUUCUGGGAGGACUGCAGCUGAGGUCUUGGCUGAGCUUAAGAGGCGUUACACGAACAGGCCAAUUGUCGAACUUGAGGCUGCGGCACAGGAAGAACUCAAGAUAACUGAACUACGUCUCACGAAGCUUUUCUCAUUGGAGCCUACUGUUCCCUCCACUACAAUUGAAGGCCCCACCGUCCAAUCAGAUAAAGCAGCAGAUCGCAUACGGAUUAUUGGAGCACAUCUUGGAGCUCAACCUCAGCCUUGUGCCAAUAAAGCUCCUGAAAUUACAGGUAGCUCGAACCGAAGUCGUCCGCCUAUUACAACGCAUGUGCUGGACAUUGCCCGUGGAUCGCCUGCAUCUGGAAUCGAAGUUCACCUGGAGAUGUGGAAGGAUUGUUCAGCUCCUCCAUCAUUCAACAACAAAGAUUUCAGCGGAUGGGAAACUCUAGGCUAUUCCGUUACAAACAAUGAUGGACGCAGUGGCCAGCUGAUGGACAUUGUCGAUAAUAUUGCUCCUGGUUUCUACCGCAUAAGCUUCAACACUGGCAAGUAUGCCCCUGCAGGGUUCUUCCCUUAUGUCAGCAUCAUAUUCGAGAUCAAGGAGAACCAGGCGGCAGAGCAUUUUCAUGUUCCUCUCUUGCAUUCCCCUUUCUCGUUCACCACUUACCGUGGAAGCUAAGUUUUCAACUUACGUGCCAUUACCUCUGUUGGGAUGUUCGAAGCAACUUGUAAACUUGACACUUCCGUUGUGAUAAUAAUCUGGUUCCAUGUAAGCAGGCUUUAUACUUUAAUAACAAGUAGUAUUAUGGAAGUCAAAUCUUGUGAUA